CGAAUUUGUGUCUCUGGUGUUUUAUGAUUGUAAAUAUUUUCCUAAAUUAUAAUUUUAAUCAGUAUUUUUUAAGAAAUAGAUUCGUAAAAUAAACAUGGCUACAAGAUAAUGAUUAUAAUAUAAGUUGAGGAGCAAGCCCUGUUAUUGUUUGCUCCAACUCUCUCCUGAAGUUUCUGCUAUAUAUUUCAACUUCACCUGAAGAAUGGCGCAAGUUGGUGCAAAUAUGGAAUACCAGGAGUACAAAUGGGCCUACUCUAUUAUGGAUUCCUCCAAAGUAUCAGCAUGUCUGAUUUCUAUGUUACUUAUUGUGUAUGGAAGUUUUCGUUCUCUCAAUAUGGAGCGAGAGGCCCGGGAGAGAGCUGAGAAGGAGAGAGAAACAUCAUUGUUAGGCGGAAAACCAACAGUCACCUCAUCGCCUAAUAAUAAUGUACAGACAUUAAAUACAAUGCAGGCGCUUUGCUUCCCUCUUGGAUCGUCGGUUGCACUUCUCAUCAUGUUUUUCUUCUUUGACUCCAUGCAGACACUUGUUGCAAUAUGUACUGCAGUGAUAGCGUGCGCGGCGCUAGCGUUCCUGCUGACACCUUUAUGUCAGUACGUGGCGGGCGGCGGCGGCGGCGCCGCGGUCUGCGGCCGCUACUCCGCCCCCGAGCUAGCUGCGGCGCUGCUCGCUGCCGCCAUCGUGGCCGUAUGGGUGCUGACCGGACACUGGUUACUCAUGGACGCGAUGGGCAUGGGUUUGUGCGUGACGUUCAUUGCGCUGAUCCGGCUGCCAUCGCUGAAGGUGUCGACGCUGCUGCUGACCGGCCUGCUGCUCUACGACGUGUUCUGGGUGUUCUUCUCCUCCUACAUCUUCACCACUAACGUCAUGGUCAAAGUGGCCACCAGGCCGGCAGAAAACCCCAUGAACGUGGUGGCGCGACGGCUGCAGCUCGGCGGCGCGAUGCGCGACGCGCCCAAACUGUCGCUGCCCGCCAAACUCGUCUUCCCCUCCAUGCACCACCAGGGACACUUCUCUAUGCUCGGAUUGGGUGAUAUAGUGAUGCCGGGUCUAUUGCUGUGCUUCGUGCUCCGCUAUGACGCCUACAAAAAGGCCACACUAGUCUGCCAGAUGGGCCAAGUUCCCGGUCCACGAUCUAUGAGUUCCCGCGUGACGUACUUCCACUGCUCGCUACUGGGCUACUUCCUGGGGCUGCUGACGGCGACGGUCUCGGCGGAGGUGUUCAAGGCCGCGCAGCCCGCGCUCCUCUACCUCGUGCCCUUCACGCUGCUGCCGCUCCUCACCAUGGCCUACGUCAAGGGAGAUCUGAGAAGGAUGUGGAGUGAGCCGUUCAUAACGCCACACCCGAGCAAGUCCGCCGCUGACUUUGACGUGUAAAUACUCAUCUAGUGUCGUAUCGACCGCAUUCUUCAUGUCGGAGGUCUUGAGCUCCAGUUACACUAUUUAGUAGUCGUAUCCAAACAGGCUAAGUUUCCUCCUCGCUCGACGACUUUAAAUUGCAUUAUGAGGUAGUGGGGGAUAAAAGAAAAAAAAAACCUUAUAAAAUAUCUUUCGCCUCAAAUGUAACAUUCAGUCGUCUCCGCUCAUUCAACUAUUAGACGUGACUGCUAAAUUAGUUGUACAACUCAUAAACUCAUGUUUUUUUUAAGUUAGCUGUGUAAUCGGACUCGAGACCCUUUUGCAUCUACACCUGUGACGACCGAGGCAUGUUGCAGAUAUUUCUCGGCUUAGAAAUAUAAAUCAGCCUUAUUUUAUUUAAUAUUAUUUAUAGAUUUUAAAGAAUUGACACGAUUUUAAUAAGUUUUAGUCGUUUGUGCCCUAGGCAAUCUUAGGAUUAAUUCGUGUAACACCAUCAGCCGCACACAUUUUUGUCUAAUCAGAGAAAGUGAAAAAACUAUUGUUAGUUACACUUAUAAAUAACUUUUUAUUUUACUUUUUUUUUUUAAUCUCAACAAAGAAUUUAUACUAAAAUGUGACACAUUAUUAUAAAAUAAAUUCUGACGUGGCAUCCUAUUCCUAACAGUCCCCGUUACAAGAUCCUACAAAUUCCCUCACAUUCAAUUGUGUGUAUUCAUUCUCCUUUAUGCACUAAAAUAGAAUAAUCAGUAUAUCGAUAGACCAUAGACGAUACAUAGAUAAAUAAGGAUUACAUUAGGGUACAGUUGGUUUAUUAUGGUUAUUAUUAUGUAAUUAUUUGAUUUAUAGAACCUGUGAUGUCAAUAUAUUGUGCAAUACUUGUACACAAUCAUUACAGCCUACAGAAAAAUUCGCAAAAUAACCCGAAAAUCCUUCCUUCUUUAUUAUAUAUAUUUCUUAAUUUACAAAAACUUGUGAAGAAAAAUUAUUUCAAUUACAACAAUUAAACAUAUUCUCCGCCUAUAUUUUUUCGCUGUUUAAUAGCUUUUUAUUUUUAUAUUAAUUUAUCCUACUUAAUUAGUCAUUGUAUUUGGAUGUUGGUAAUAAAUUAUGUCAAUGCAGAACAAACCAGUGAAACGAAAUAACUAAAUGUAUUUUCAUCACAAAAUAAUUUUAAUGCUAUAUCUGCAAAUUGCAAUCUCAUACUAGAUAUCUCCUAGAUUCUAGAACAAAAAAAUACCUUUUCGGAGUUGAAUGAAAAUCUACGAAAAAAAUAUAAUGUAUCAAAUAGUUGGCUACCAGAUCUUUGCAAUUUUUAUAUUGCACU